AGUCUAUUUGAUAGAGAAGCCACUUCGUUGUCGAUCAGGCAUGCAGCGUGUGACGCCGUCGAUGUCGCCGCAGCCUUCCGGCGGCACGCCCGUGCAGCUCAAUCUCGUAUCGCUUCUUCUCGCGAGUCUUGUUGGCGCCUACGUGGCAAGUGCGCCGCUGCAUGCAUAUGUGUACGAGGAUCUACCGUGGGCGCUGGACCCGCCGCCAGUGCUCAUGCCCAACGCCACGUGGGCUCAAACCGAGGCGUUCUGGCUCCUCUUUGCCAAAGACCGGUUUACGUCCGAGACGUUUCUCGAUGGUACGUCCUACAGCCACGACCCGACGACCAACACGGACAUUUACCGCAUGGUGCUCAACCUCUUGGAGCCAAUUCCGCUUGAGAAAUGUCACUCCAACUUUUUGACCAAGCUCAACAACGGCGCGAUUUUGAGCAAUGGGCUCCAAGAGACACUUUGCAACUUUGCUGCGAGCCCGAACGCGUCGUUGGCAGCGUCGGUCGGGGCGUGCCAGGACAACAAACUCGGUGGGAUCCAGCAAAGCGUCGUCUGUGUGUGGCUCGCACCCGGCGACGACCUCACACUGCACGCCAACAGCAGCAGCACCAGCGGGCUCUAUACGUACUACAACAUCUUCCUCAUGCGGCCAUCGAUCCCGUUUCUGUACGCCAAGCUUACGUGGCGUGUUGCGCUCGUCAUGCAAAUUGGGUACCGUCUCUACUUCGAUUAUUUUCGGCACUGCCGCGAGCUGCUGCGCGACUGCGCACUCGUCGAGGGCCCUCGGUGCGAAGUAUUUUUUGGGGACCCCACCAGUCUCAUUCUGCUCGACCCAUGGAUCACACUUGUGAUGAGUCUCGACGUAUGGCUCAGCGCCGCGGUCAUUGGAUCGUCGACGCUCGCAGCCGCCCAAAUGGACGACACGUGGCAGUUUCUGCUUGGCUGUCUCUACCUCGCGCGCAUGGAAUGGAUCGCUUAUUUUUCUCUCGCUAUCGCGUCACGGAUCCUGAAGCGACUGCACCUGGAGGGCCGCUUCACGCCCGUGGACCCGACCCUCGUGUCGAUCACAGCGACGCUCAUUGCCGGUCCGUUGACGUACCAGCAAGGUCAAAGUGUCUUCUUUACGCGCCUGUACCUCUGGCUUUUCAACACCAAGGCGCCGGACCCGCACACGAUCGAGAUUGGCUACGGUAUCUUCUUCUUCCUCUGCUCGGUCGCCUUGACGCCCAUUGUCUUGGGCUUGGCCUCAUGUCCCUCCAUGCAGUCGACCGUUGUCCCCACCGAGACGUAUAUGGUGCUGCGCUAUGCCCUUCCAUCGUUUAAUGAUGUCAAGCACCGGUUUCUCUGGGCGCUGCAGCUGCGGUGUCGUGCCAAGUACCGCCGACUACACCAUUUCGGGGGUACCAUCUACAGCUUUUACGACGCGUACCCCAACUUUCGCAAGUUCCCGAGCUUGAGCCAGCGCGGUCUCGACUGCUAUAUCGUGGUGUACGCAGCCCACGACGAUCUGCCGUGCGACUGCAUUCGCGUGAGCUUGUAUAGCUGCGUCGACAAGACGCAAACGAGCCUCGUCAUUGCCAAGGCCGACGAAGAAGCACCCUUUGGGCACCUGACGAUUGAAGCCAACACGACGACCCGCGCGAUUUCGUUUGUGGUCAUCGAGCCGCCCCACGGCCAGUGCCACUGGAUAGAGUAAACCGGCUUGUGUUUUCAUAUCAUUAUGCGUUUAUCGAGU